CCUGCCCCGCCCCUCGCGUCCGCCGCUAUCCCGGCGUGCCCCGCGCUCUGAGCUGGCUGGGACGCUCUUGGCGCGGCUGGGGCUGACUCACCCCGCCGCGCUCUGGCCGUGGCUGCGGGAGGCGCCUGUUCCGCGGGGGCAAGAUGGCGGCGGAGGCGGAUUCGUGGGAUGCCGACAGCUUCGAGGCGGCGGAGCCGGUCGCCACGCGCCUGGGGCCCGCGCCGGGGGCCGGCGGGGACCGCUGGGCCGGGGAGGAUGAAGAGGACGAAGUGAAGGAUAACUGGGAUGAUGAAGAGGAGGAAGAAGAAAAAGAGACAGAGAUAAAAGCAGGUGAGGUUGUUCACUGUUUUACAGAAUCAAAAGUUUCAGAAAAGAAGAAAAUAGCAGAAAAAAUAAAAGAGAGAGAAAAGCAGCUGAAGAAAAAGCAAGAGGAGAUUAAAAAAAGAUUAGAGGCACCAGAGGAAGCUAAAGAACGUACGCCAGAAGAACAGUUAGCAGACAAAUUACGGCUAAAGAAAUUACAAGAGGAGUCAGAUCUUGAGUUAGCGAAAGAAACGUUUGGUGUAAAUAAUACUUGUGGAAUAGAUGCCAUGAAUCCAUCUUCAAAAGAUGACUUUACGGAGUUUGGCAAAUUAUUAAAAGAAAAAAUUACACAGUAUGAAAAAUCUCUACAUUAUGCCAGUUUUUUGGAAGCAUUAGUUCGAGACGUAUGUAUUUCAUUGGAAGUUGAUGAUUUGAAAAAGAUCACAAAUGCUUUGACAGUGCUAUGCAGUGAAAAACAAAAACAAGAGAAGCAAAGUAAAGCCAAAAAGAAGAAAAAAGGGGUUGUGCCUGGAGGUGGUUUAAAGGCCACUAUGAAAGAUGAUCUGGCAGAUUAUGGAGGAUAUGACGGAGGAUAUGUACAAGAUUUUGAAGACUUCAUGUGACAUUUAUCUUUCCUUGUGUUGUCUUUCUUUUGCCCUUAAACAUGUAGCACAACUUCUUUUCCUUUAAAUUCUGCCAAAUGCUACAAUUGGAAGUGCAGUAUCUUUGUGCUGGUUAUUUAACUCUUUGUCAGGGUGGUGCUAAAGCAUUGGGAUACCUGUCUCGUCAAGGGGUUAAAACGAUGAAACUCAAUUCCUAUAUAAAUCACAGAAAACAAAAUUCUAAUAAUGUUUUUAAUUGUUGCUAUCUGGUUUCAUAGUAACAAAACCACUAAGUUGGACAUGAAUUUCAACAAAGCAAAAGUUGUAUUAUUACCAGCACAGUUUAGUAAUGCAGCCUUAACUGUACCUCCUUGAAUGAUUUAUCUUGUGAACAAAAGCAGUUUGCAGCAAAGGCAUGGUGUGCACUUAGUAUUAAAAUUGCUUUGUCUCAGUUAGAGGUUGGGUUUUUUAAAAAUAGAUUGUGAAGGGGACUGCUAACUUCUAAGUAAGGAUACUGCACCUGAAAAUUAAUCACUUGAUACACACCCAUUCUUUCAAAGCAUGACAUUUUAAAAUACAAAUUAUUUUGGUCAAAACAAGAAAAUAGUUCCUUGUUGCAUUUGAAAAAAUGAUUUGUGGUAUCUUGAGUAUAAGCAGUUAGUUUACAUUUAUCUGAAUAUUUCUACUAAUGCAGCUGUACAGGUUGGUUAUUCAACAGUUAACUGCCUGGUUUAAGUGUCUGAGAACCAAAUUUCCUUUGUUCUCAUGGGCUGCAAUAGAACUCUCACAGGACUUUACCAUUUUCUUUCACUUACAAAAACCUGCUUAGCAAACUGCAACAGUUACUACAGUUGGGCAAAUUGUUAUGUUAACAAUUAUGACAUCUGCAAUGUUUUAUAAAGCAACUAAUUUAAUAAAAUCACUAUUGUGAGGACUUCA